CGGCUGCUCGCUCGAGCCUCGUCUUUGAGCUGCUGCUAACACUCGUCAGUGUCCCGUACAGCAGCUCAUCAUAACCCAAGAUCAAACCCUUCAUAACCAGAGGACAGGUCUUGUCGAACAUAAAAACCGUUUUUCUUCUGUGGGUCAGACUGGACAACCUACCCUUAUGAAAUGGAUAAUGGGGACUGGGGACAUAGGUUGACUCACCCAGUCACCUUAAAUGUUGGAGGACACCUCUACACCACCUCCAUUUCCACUCUUCAGCGUUACCCAGACUCCAUGCUGGGUGCCAUGUUUCGUGGUGACUUCCCCACUACACGGGACGCUCAGGGAAACUAUUUCAUUGAUCGGGAUGGGACGCUUUUCCGCUAUAUAUUGAACUUCCUGCGCACAUCCGAGCUCACUCUUCCUGUAGACUUCACUGAGCUGGACCUUCUGCGAAAAGAAGCAGACUUCUAUCAGAUCGAGCCUUUAAUCCAAUGCCUCAAUGACCCGAAACCUCUGUACCCGCUGGACACCUUCGAGCAGGUGGUGGAGUUGUCCAGCACACGCAAGCUGUCCAAGUACUCAAAUCCCGUAGCGGUCAUCAUCACACAGCUAACCAUAACCACCAAAGUCCACUCGCUGCUUGAAGGAAUAUCCAACAACUUCACCAAAUGGAACAAGCACAUGAUGGACACCAGAGACUGUCAGGUGUCCUUCACCUUUGGACCGUGUGACUAUCACCAAGAGGUGUCUCUGCGGGUGCACCUCAUGGACUACAUCACCAAACAGGGCUUCACCAUCAGGAACACACGGGUGCACCACAUGAGCGAACGGGCCAAUGAGAACACUGUGGAGCAUCACUGGACUUUCUGCAGGCUGGCGUAUAAAGUAGAAGAUUGACCAGUUCAUGAAUGUGCUUUCACGUGUGCUUGCUGCUGUGUCCGAGGCCAUGUUUAAAUCUGUAGAAAUUCCAGUGUUGGUUAAUUCAGACCAAUUGAAAAGGAAAAAAGGGAAUUAAGUGUAAAGUUCACAUCAUGCCAUGUGGAAUACUUUAUAAUUCAUAAUUCGCAAAAAAUCGAAAGGAUCAAAGUGGGAUAAGGAAAAAAAGCAUAUUCAGAUUAUGCAAUUUCACAAAUCUGUGAACCCCUUGACCCCUUGUGUAAAAAAAGAUAGUUUCACCAGAAAUUCAUUCAUUCCAUCAGAUCAGACUUCUGUCAAACAUUGUGCACACACUAUGUGCAACAUCAAGAUGUUAGUGUGCAUGUAUUUCUAACACGUUCUGUAAGUAUUAAAUGUCCACAUGCUGUAAAUCAAAA